AUGGCUAAAAGAAAAUCAGGAUUGCUCCAGGCCUUUGCCCAAGUUUUAGGCAAGCCCCAAAAGAAGUCUCGCAAGAAGUCUCACAAGAAAUCCAAGCCAGCAUCGGAUAGCGGAAAAAGUGACUCGCCAUCUGCUAAGUCGAAAGGAAAGGCGCCAGCAAAGGAGGAGGUCGGCGAACCAUCCGCAGCGCCACCCAAGGAGAAAUCUGCGAAAGAAAAGAAAUUGGAUGCCCUAAGAGCUAAAAAGAAAGACUUGAAAAGCCAAUUUGAAUCGAAUGAGGAGAAAAUUCGCCAAACGGAGAAGCAGUAUUGCGAUAAUGAAAUGAAAUUCAUGAAUUGGUGGCAAAAGCGAACAGAUAUAGGCACAGAGGCGGCAAACGAGCUUGCUCAGUUGCGUAUGGAUGCCUACAAGGAGCGCAAAGACCAGCUUUUAGCAGAGCUCGACAAGCUGGAACGCGAAGGUGAUAAGUUAUGGAGAAAGAUUAGCCAUGCUAAGCUUAAUAUCCGGGUGGAAGAGUCCUCUGAUGAUUCCUCUGACUCUUCCGAUUUCUCCGACUCCUCAUCAGAUUUUUCGGAUUCUUCAGAUUCGUUUUAUUAA